AUGGAGAAGCCAAUGGAGAAGAAGGAGAUUCGAUCAAUGAGUGAGUUUCCAGAUGAAUUGCUGUUGAAGAUACUGAAUCUUCUUCCUACUAAAGACGCCGUAGCCACGAGCGUCUUAUCAAAACGAUGGAUAUCUCUAUGGAAAGAGCUGAACGCAUUCAGGUACGACGGUGACACAGUAGAGAGCUUGGAUCUCAAGAUCAACCCCUACUCUACGAACAAAUACAUCAACUAUCUGGUCAACAUCGCGGUCGCUCGAUCUCUACGAAAGCUCAGAGUCGAAAUGGUUUGCGGCUCCUUUGAGUUCCCCAAAAGCUUGUUUAUUCACUCGAACCUCGAGACGGUUAUACUCGAGAAGGUGAGCUUGGAGGAUCCUCCGCUCGAUGCUCGCUUUGUUUGCCUCAAAAGUCUCCACCUUUUGUCGGUUAGAUUCUCGAGCGACGACUCGUUUACUAAUGUGGUGGUGUUCACUAUCGAUGUGCCUACGUUGAGGAGUUUGUGUGUUGAUAACUCUGUUGGAGAGUCUCGCCCUGAAGGUGUUCAUGGGUUUGUUAUUAGGACACCGUUGUUGAGAUGGUUCAGUAUUAAGGAUCGGUUUAGUAAUUAUUUACGGUUUGAAGAUAUGCCUGAGCUGGUUAAGGCGAGUGUUAGUGUUGUUUGUGAGUCCCAACCUGAACCGUAUCUUGGAUCUCUUGCUUCGACUCAGUAUCUUUCUCUGUGUUCUCAGACUGCGUAUCCUCCUGACGGUAUUUCCUUCCUCUCUCUUGAACACCUAGAGCUGUGUUCAUGCUCUUCAGAGUGGUGGAAUCUACUUACCCUUAUACUCAAUGAUGCACCGAGGCUUAGAGUUCUUAAGCUCAAUUUGUAUCAGGAGCACUGUGCCCAGCACGACGGGAUGGUUUCAUGGAACCAACCAAGUUCUGUUCCUGAAUGUUUAUCAUCUCAUCUUGAGAUCUUGGAGUGGAGACAAUACAAGGGCACAGAGACAGAGAGAGAAGCUGCAAAGUACAUUCUAGCCAAUGGGAGUCAUCUAAAGAAGGCAGCUUUUUACUCAGAAUCGGCAGAGAAGCAGGGGAUGUUGAAGGAAUUGGAAUGUGUGGCCAGAGAUUCUUGCACGUUUGUGUUUGAGUAAGCGCUUCAGCUGGUAAUAACUUGGAAUGAUGUGUCUAAUAUUAAAUUUAGAGAAGAAUGAUAACAAAUGAAUGUGGUAAAUUAAUUACCUUUUGAUGCGAUGUAAUAUCUAACCUUCCUUUUUCCUUAGC